UGUGUUGAACAUAGCAGGAGACACCACAUGGUUGUACAUUUGUAAUUGUGAGCCUCUCCAGUCCCAGAGCUGAGCUGCUGUGUGUGGGGUCCCAGGUGCCAUGGAGCAGUCUGCUCUGUCUUUUUGGAUGCACUUGGGGGUGAUGUCUGUUUUCUUUGGGGUGACUGUGAAGAGAAUCCUGGCCUCUGGAAGGAGCUCUGCUCCAGCCCUGCUUGUGUAUUUCGCUCUGUUUCUUCUCAUGGAGAGGCUCUGCUCCUUCUGCCUGCCAACUUAUGUGGGACUUGGUGUUUUCUGUGCCGCAUGCUGGCUCAUCAUGGGCACUGUUGCUGCAGUAAAGCCUCUGCCUGUGGAAGGCAAGGCAGUUUUCAUAACAGGGUGUGACAGCGGGUUCGGAAAGGCUGCAGCCCUGUUCUUGGACUCUCUGGGGUUCCAGGUGUUUGCCAGUGUGCUGGACCUGGAGGGGGCCGGAGCCCAGGAGCUGCAGAAGACUUGUUCUGCAAGGUUGACAUUGAUCUGUAUGGAUAUAACAAAGCCUGAGCAAGUGCAGGAGGCACUUCGUAUCACCAAGGCAAAGCUCGGGGUGAAAGGACUCUGGGGUCUAGUGAACAAUGCUGGGGUUUGUGUCAACUUUGGGGAUGCUGAGCUCUCCCUGAUGUCCAACUACAGAGGCUGCAUGGAAGUGAACUUCUUUGGCACACUGGAGGUCACAAAGACCUUUCUACCACUGUUGCGCCAAUCACAAGGAAGGCUUGUUACAAUCUCCAGCCCAUCAGGGGAGCAGCCCUUUCCUUGUCUGGCGGCUUACGGGGCUUCAAAAGCUGCACUGAAUCUCUUCUUCAACACUCUGAGGCACGAACUCAAGCUGUGGGAUGUGAAAGUCUCCAUUAUACUCCCUUCAUCUUAUAAAACAGGUCAGUCAAUAAAUGUCAAGUACUGGGAGGAGCAGUAUAAGCAUUUGAUUGAGAACCUGUCACUGAGCCUCAUGGAGGAGUACGGAGAGGAAUACCUGCUGGAGACCAAGCACCUCUUCUUCCAGUUUGCAGAAACAGCCACCGAAGACUUGAGCCCUGUCACCAAUAGCAUUGCAGAGGCUCUGCUGUCCAGAGAACCCAAAGUCAGGUACUACGCAGGCCAGGGUGUUGGACUGAUGUACUUCAUUCACUGCUACCUGCCUGUAUCCAUCAGCGAUCGCUUCCUCCAGAGACUAUUCAUGAAAAAGAGCGUUCUGCCCAGAGCUUUGCAGAAGCACAAUAACAACAACAAAAAAAAUUAAGAAUCAUUCAGCACGACCAUAUACAUUUGUUUUUCAUUUUUGUGUUUUUUUUUAUUUUUUAUUCUUUUGAAGGGAUCAUUAAAUUUACGCCUACAGUUUUGUGAUGAAACAAACUGAUUGAACAUGUGUGUUGUGAAAUAACAGACAACAUUCGCAAGGUAAAAGAGUUGGCCAAGAGGAUUGGCAUUUGUGUGAAUGAAACCAAAAUAACUAGCUGUUGCUGUCCUUUUUUUCUUAAACAAGGGAUGGAAGUAUUUUAUGGGCGAUCUGCUGGAAGCAUCUGUACAAAGGACUUGCCAGCCGGUAUGGCACACACCAAGGCACAGCUGAGCAUCUACUACAUUGUCUUUCCUCAAUGAUGAGCCUCAAGCACUUACCUCAGCUCUGCUACUCACUGAAUGGUCUACAACCACAAGCAAUAUUCCUAGGAAUAGACGUGCAGUGAAAAACUACAUUUACACUGGGUCUCACUUUUAUACAUGGUGGACAGUGUUUGUUGUUUUAUAUCUCUCUCACUGAAGAUUCUUAUUUAUGAGUUUUCUUCAUGAAUCAGUGCAGCUAUGAAUUUUUUUUAUUUUUGUAUGGUAAAUUGCAUACCCAUUCUUUUGUUGCUAAUAUUAAAGUGUACUUUUUAAACCCAAUAGAUGGUCAUUGCAAUGUCAAGUGUGCAACUGGAACAUUGCCUACUCUCAUUCCAAUAUCUGCUAUAUAUAAUAUGCUUCUUCCAUUGGUGUAAGGGGUUCCUCUCAUGGACUUGAUUACUGCCUGCUUUGUUCUGUCUUGGCAUGGAGUCAACAUGUGCUUAGCUGUUCCAUAAUGCCAUAUCGAAAUCUCCUGAAGGGGUCAGUGGAACUAAUUCCUAACCCUUUACCAAUAAAUUAGUUACCAUCUGUAAUUGCAGCAACAUAAUUCUCAACCGCUUGGCUCAGCUCAGUAUUCCAGAUUUAACACUAUGGGGGCACACCGAACUCUUAUUAAGACCCCUUAAACUCUUCCCAACUGCAACUUGAAAUACCUCAGAAUCAAACCAAACACUGUGUUCCAUCGGCCCCUUUCAGUUCAGGAGACACUUGCCACAAUCAGGGAAAGUAAAUGCAAGACUAGCUACUAAUGAACAAGGUAUCAAAUGAUUAUGUUUCGUCUCUGCGGGACCACAUACAUUGUGGUUUUGUUCUACUUAUACAAAGGUCUAUUUUAAUAAUCUAAACAGUGGCAAAUCUUAAUACUGCCAGCCUACUUUUAAACCUACUGUUUUAUGUUUUAAAUUACCAUGCCAAUAAGGGGGCAAGGAAGGAGGGGUAAGAUAUCACAGCUGACGGAACUUACCAUAAGGAUUAACAUUGAGAUAAAGGAGUGGUGGUAUUUAGAUCUGAAAUAGACCAACAUUUGCCCCAUUGACAUGUAAUAAAUAAAACACAGUGAAAUCAGGCACUUGUAGGCAAUGACAGUAGAUGAAUGUGCAGCUGCUCUGGGAUCCAGCGGCAGCUCCUCCCUACCUCAUGUGCUUCCUCAUCUGGUCCAGCGGCCUCGAACCGCAAUCCCAACACUUCUGUAAGGUUUCCACAUGGUGCUGAAUCUUACACGCUCCCUUCCUUGUCUUGUCAUUGGGACCUUUGUUCCUAGCAAUUUUUCUAGCUUUUUUUAAUCAUUACUAAAAUUAUUAAUCAUUCUUUUCCACUGCUGAGAAAUCCAUUGUCCAAGGAAUUUUACUGAAAUCCCCGAAACUCAAUUUUGUUCCCAGAAGUGCGAACACUGUAGCUGAACUUCUCCCAAGAACAUAAAUUUGGCCGCUGAAAACUCCAGAUGUUGCCAGGUGUUUUGUAAUACAGAUUCUUUUUUUAAGAUUUUACUGAAAGCGAUACAAUACCCUCUUUUGUUUGCAAUUUGGGAGCUUUUUUGCAUUUGCUUAUUUCCAAAAGCCCUUACGCUAAGUUUAAAUAAUGAACAACUAGGGCAGAGGGUUUUUACUCGAGCCAGCAUGUCAGACCGACAGCAUUGUUGAUCGCUAAACAAAAACACUUUUUGUGAUAAUUCAGAGGUACAGUGUCCUGGACUGAUUGACCACAGUAAAGCUACGUUGAAUUAGCUUUGGAAAAAGAGCGUUAAUACAGAAUUCUAAAAGUGUGAUCACUGAUCAUGUAAAGUAGCUUUGCUGUCCUGUCUGGAAGACAGUUAUUAACAAUUGUACAGAAAGGCUUUAUAUGAAUUAUCUAAACAGUGGGUGUAAAUGCUGCACUCUGAAAGCCACUCAUCUAUUGCUGCUGUGUGUAGAAAGUAAUCUGUGAUGGUUAUUAGGGGGACAAUAAACAAUAAAGUAAAAAGUGUCAGA